AUGUCUCGAAUUAAACGGGAAGACGCGUCCCAGGAGGCCAUUGACGAAGAUUCCCUGCAAUACAGCUUUGGUGAUGCCGGCUCGGGAGAAGUCGAUGAGAAAUACCCUAAUCGUCCCCGGAAUCACUCUCAGACACUGGUCUUUUCCGAACUGUUCACGAAUCUGUUCAACCCCCUGAAUGAGCACAAGAAUCGAAGAGGCCCCGUUGGUCCUGCAGGCCGCAAGGGUGGCCCGAGACUCUCUCCUCACGAACAAAGACGCCUCAUCAUCAGGCGCUUCAUCGACCGCUGGCGGGCCGAGGUUGGGAAUGAUUUCUACCCAGCUCUGCGCCUGAUAUUACCCGACAAGGACCGCGAUCGUGGUGUCUACGGCCUCAAGGAGAGCGCAAUCGGAAAGCUUCUAGUGAAGUUGAUCAAGAUCGCACCAGGCUCGGAGGAUGGCCAAAACCUCCUCAAAUGGAAACUCCCGGGCCAGACUUUUGCCAGCCGCAUGGCGGGUGAUUUUGCCGGAAGAUGCUUUGAAACACUAUCCAAAAGACAGCUGCGCAUGGCGCCGGGGGAUAUGCGUAUUGGAGAAGUCAACUCGCUGCUCGACAAACUGGCAGCCGCUUCAGGCGAGGGCGAGCAGCUGCCCAUUUUUCAAACCUUCUAUGAGCGCAUGAACGCAGAGGAGAUGAUGUGGCUCAUUCGCAUGAUCCUCAAGGACAUGAAGAUCGGUGCAAGCGAGCGUACCUUUCUGUAUCAGUGGCACCCAGACGCCGAGGCUCUUUUCAACGUCAGCUCCAGCUUGCGCCGUGUGUGCUGGGAGCUCUAUGAUCCCGCUCUCCGUCUAGAGCAGGAAGACACCAGAGUGACGCUGAUGCAAUGCUUUCAGCCCCAAUUGGCUCAGUUUCAGCCUCACUCACCCAACUUUGCUACAAUGGUCCAAGACCUAGGCGUCACUGACGAAGACCCGAGAUUCUGGAUCGAGGAAAAGCUCGAUGGCGAGCGGAUGCAAUUACACAUGGUAGAUGACGACGAUCAUCCAGGAGGCAAACGUUUCUCUUUCUGGUCUCGAAAGGGCAAGGACUACACCUAUCUCUACGGUAAUGGAUUUCAAGAUGACAACUCCGCACUGACCCGGCAUUUAUCCGAUGCUUUCGACCCUCGAGUUUCCAAUCUGAUCUUGGACGGCGAGAUGGUCACUUGGGAUCCAAAGAUCGACAAGAUGGUGCCUUUCGGUACACUCAAGACGGCCGCCUUGCUUGGCCAAAAGACACCAUUCGACAACACAAACGAGCGGCCCCUCUUUCGCAUCUUCGACAUACUGUACCUGAAUGACACAGCUCUGACCAAGAACUCGUUGCAAGAUCGCCGCAAGGCGCUAGCCACAGUUGUCCGUGAUGUCCAUCGUAGGCUCGAAAUUCAUCCCUACGAGGAAGCAACUUCUGCCGAUGCCAUCGAGCCGUUGUUGCGCAAGGUUGUAGCUGACUCGUCGGAGGGUCUUGUGCUGAAGAAUCCAAGAUCAGUCUAUCGUCUGAACAGUCGGAAUAAUGAUUGGAUCAAAGUGAAACCAGAGUACAUGUCCGAGUUUGGCGAGUCACUGGACUGUGUGGUCAUUGGCGGCUACUACGGCUCAGGACAUCGGGGCGGCACCAUCUCCAGUUUUCUUUGCGGCCUCAGGGUUGGCGAAAACCACAUCAGGGCCGGGGCCAAUCCAGAAAAGUGCAUCAGUUUUUUCAAGGUGGGCGGUGGCUUCAAGGCCGAGGACUAUGCGCAGAUCCGCCAUGCAACAGAGGGAAAAUGGAUGGACUGGGACCCAAAGAAACCCCCAAGCGAGUUUAUUGAGCUCGGUGGCGGCGAAAAGUACCAGUACGAACGGCCUGACGUUUGGAUACGACCAAGAGACUCGGUUGUUGUCUCGGUCAAGGCGGCCAGCAUCGGUGUAUCCCCUCAGUUCGCCAUGCAGAUUACCCUCCGCUUUCCCAGAUUCCGCCGGCUGCGGACCGAUAGGUCGUGGGACUCUGCUCUGGAUGUAGACGGCUUCAACAAGCUCAAAGAAGAUGCCGAGCAUCAAGCCAAGGAGAAGAAGGAAAUGAAGAUUGAGGAUCGGAAGCGCAGGCCGCAGAAGAGGGCCAGGCGCGAAAUAUUGAUUGCUGGACAGGAUCCAGAUACGGUCAUGGCAGGUGAAAAGCCCGCAGCUGGCCAGACACAGACAAGCCAGACAAAGAGCGUGUUUGAAGGUUUGAAUUUUUGUGUCAUGACUGACUGCGUCAAACCCGUUAGAAAGACCAAAGCUCAGCUCGAGUCUUUGAUAAAAGCCCAUGGCGGAACACUCUCCCAACAGACGAACCCCCAACCUAGAAAGCACCUGAUUGCGGAUAAAAAUGGCAUCAAGGUGGCGAGCCUUCUCAAGCGUGACAGCGAAGUGGACAUUAUCAGGCCGAACUGGAUCUUGGACUGUCUUGAUCAAGACGGCGUGGAGUUCCUCCUGCCCAUCGAAGAGAAGCAUCUCUUCAAUGCUUCGGAAGCUACCAAGCGGACUGCGGAGUCCCAGGUGGAUGAGUAUGGCGAUAGCUACAUGCGCACUAUAGGCGUUGAAGAGUUGAAGGAUAUCGCAGAGGGCAUUCCCAAGUUUGAAUACACAGACAGCUUUGACGUCGACGGGUUCCUAGACGACUUGGAAUCGGCAGGGUGUGAGAUGGCGGGAUCUGGGUUCGUAUUCAGACGCUGCGUAGUGCACGUUGAUGGUGUAGCUGGGACGCCAAAGCACCGCCUCGACGUGCUGCGAAACUACAUCCGCUUUGGCGGCGGGGCCAUAUUGGACAAUAUGAAGUCGCAAGGUCUCACGCAUGUCGUGGUGGUGGGCGAUCCUGAUGAGGGGGCGGCUUCCAGGGAGUUGGCAGCUGAGAUGAGGCACCACAUGAGCCUGAUACGACGGCUACCGAGGCUGGUCACGCAGCAGUGGGUUUAUGAGAGCUGGAAGGAGAAGACUUUGCUAGACGAGGAGGCAUAUGUGCCGUUAUGA